CCUCCAAGGCCCGGCAUGCCUUCAAUUCGUCCUCUUCUGCCACCACCUGGACUAGCAUUGAAUCUUCCUCGUGUUCCUCCCAAUGUCGUUCAGUAUCAGCACAGUGGCGGCCUUCCAAUGCCUCCUCCAAGACCACCAGCUAUGAUUCCAUCUGUCCGCCCAGCUCCCCCUCCUCCAAUGCAAAUGAAUUCUGGACAGCAGUCUGUUAUGGGUGGUCAACCACAUCCGAUGAUGCCUCCAUCAAUUUCUAUGAAUAGCCAAGGAAUGCACAUGCCUCCACCACCACCUGGAUCUCAGUUCACUCCUGUUCCACGGCCUCCUUUUGUUCCUAUGUCUCAUCCACCAUCAAUGAUGCCUAUGAUGCAUCCACCACCCUUGCCUCAAGGAAUGCCACCAUCCCCACCGCCUGAGGAAGCUCUUCCCCCACUUCUAGAGGAACCAGAACCAAAGAGGCAAAAGCUUGAUGAUUCUUCUCUGAUUCCAGAAGAUCAAUUUCUGGCUCAGCAUCCGGGACCUGUUCGCAUCAGUAUAUAUGUUCCUAAUGUUGAUGAAGGAAAUCUCAAAGGACAAGUUCUGGAAAUAACCGUGCAAUCUCUGUCUGAAACUGUUGCCAGUCUGAAGGAAAAAAUUGCUGGGGAUAUCCAGCUCCCUGCUAACAAGCAGAAAUUGAGUGGAAAGCCAGGCUUUCUUAAGGAUAAUUUGUCACUUGCUCAUUACAAUGUCAGCGGAGGAGAAACACUUACCCUAUCCUUAAGAGAGCGUGGUGGUAGAAAGAGAUGAGCAUAGUACUUGCAUUGUCAUUCAUGAAGGUUGUUGUAAUCUUUGCCUCAUUAUAUGAGACACAUGAAUUUUUCGAGCAUCGAUGGACAACUUGAUGCUAUCCAUGAAUUUUAUGUUAUACAUUAUAUUUACUGUGUUGUGAGGCUUCCUGAUGUUUUUAUUGUUACCUUAAAGACUGAUAUUAAUUCUGGAAUACAGAUUUUGGCA